AUGGAAAUCAAGGAAAUCGUCAAUUCCAAGGGUCCAAAAGAUGCUGCUGCUGCUGCCAUAGCAAACGGAACCGCACAAGAUCUUCACCUUCUUUAUUCCAUUUCGCAAGCCAACAGUAGUCCUAUGUCAGACACCGGCUCAGAGCGAGGAAAUUCUUCUCAUGACUCCGAGCACUCUCCGUAUUCUGGUCCCAGAUUCGGGCAACUGAACGGGAUGAAUGGUGGGCCUAAUGCCAUGCGCUACCCUUCACCGCAACAAGAGAAUAAUCGGAGUGGACGACAAUCCGCAGAAGGCAAGGCCUUUCCGUGUAGCACUUGUGGCAAGGGAUUUGCUCGAAGGUGUGAUCUGGUACGACACCAACGAAUCCACAGCGGUAUUCGACCUCAUGUUUGCGAGCACCCUGGUUGCGGCAAACAAUUCAUUCAGCGCUCUGCCUUGACUAUACACAUGAGAGUACAUACUGGCGAAAAGCCACACGUGUGCGAGAGAUGUAGAAAGCCUUUCAGCGACUUAAGCUCUCUAAUAAGACAUCGUAGGAUACAUUCGGGUGAAAAACCGUACAAGUGUCCCUAUGCCGAUUGCCAAAAGACUUUCACUCGUCGUACUGCCCUUACGCGUCAUCAAAAUUACCAUACCGGUACCGUCGAAGAGGCAGCAGCAGCAGCAACAGCAACAGCAACAGCAACAGCAACAGCAGGAGCGCUGGCCACUCGUUCAGGAAGCAAUCGAGGUGGGCGACAACGCUCAGAUAGGGAACCAUCUCCCAGUCAAGGAAACCUCUCGACCUCUCCAAAUUCGGAACUUGCCCCCAUGAACGGAAUACCUCGUCACCCAGGAGAAUAUCAGGACAUGAACAGCAGCCCUUUACCGGGCUACCUCCGAGGUGAAUAUCAUGUCCCACCAACAGUCCCAGCUACGGCGUCAUUUUCCAACAGCAGGCUGCCAACAUCCCAUCCGACCGGGUAUGGUUCUCCGUCAAUUCUCGAACCUCCUGCAAAUAUGGAACAACGCCAACCUGGGAGCGCAAGCGGUAGUCCUUACAUGAGUAGCGUGGGCUGGCAGUCCCCUUCACAAAACAUGCCCUCACCAUCGCAAAGCAAUGGCUACGUCUACCCUGAUCCGGACCUCUAUGGUUCUGGUGCGGCCAUGAACCAGCACAUGUACUAUUAA